UUGAGCAGCUUCAAAGGGAGGUGAAGUAUCUGAAUCAGCGCAAGAGUAAAUGAGCACUGGCUGCUGCCAUGUUGGCAGAACAGAGCUGUUCAGAGGCUGUUGGACAAGUUUGUCGCUGAUCCGGUUUAUCCAGUGUUGAAGAUGGGAAGUUACUUGUCUGCUCCAGCUUACUUCGCUCCCAAGGAUCCCUUUCGGUGCUCUGAAUGCCAGGAUCCCCUCACUAACUGGUACUAUGAGAAGGAUGGGAAGCUGUACUGUCACAAAGACUACUGGGGGAAGUUUGGGGAAUCUUGCCAUGGCUGCUCUCUGCUGAUGACUGGACCUGUGAUGGUGGCUGGUGAAUACAAGUAUCACCCCGAGUGCUUUGCUUGUAUGAGCUGCAAAGUGAUCAUCGAAGAUGGAGACACUUAUGCACUGGUGCAACAUUCCACUCUUUACUGUGGAAAAUGCCAUAACCAGAUUGUGCUGACACCGAUGAUAGAAAAGCACUCCACUGAGUCUCUGCGUGAGCAGCUGCCUUAUACACUGACCCUCAUCUCCAUGCCAGCAGCCACAGAUGGCAAGAGGGGGUUCUCUGUGUCUGUUGAAGGUGGCUGCUCCAGCUAUGCCACUGGUGUCCAGGUGAAAGAAGUUAACAGGAUGCACAUCAGCCCAGAUGUCCGAAACGCCAUCCACCCUGCAGAUCGUAUCCUGGAGAUCAAUGGAGCUCCUAUUCGCACGUUACAGGUGGAGGAGGUGGAGGAACUGAUUCGCAAGACAAGCCAGACCCUUCAGCUGCUGAUAGAGCACGACCCUGUGUCGCAGCGCUUGGACAGGCUUCGCUUGGACUCGCGUCUUCCCACGCACAUAAAGACACCCAUGUCCCCACGCUCCCUGUCUCCACUGGACAUCAAGGAGAACCUGGAAGGAACACUCCGACGGCGCUCCCUCAGGCGAAGUAACAGCAUUUCUAAGUCUCCUGGCCCCAGCUCUCCAAAGGAACCGCUCCUCCUGAGCCGUGACAUCAGUCGUUCUGAAUCCUUGCGCUCCUCUUCCAGCUGCUCCCAGCAAAUCUUCCGGCCCUGUGACCUGAUUCAUGGUGAAGUUCUAGGAAAAGGAUUUUUUGGACAAGCAAUCAAGGUGACUCACAAAGCAACAGGAAAGGUGAUGGUGAUGAAGGAGCUCAUUCGUUGUGAUGAGGAAACACAGAAGACUUUCUUGACAGAGGUGAAGGUGAUGCGCAGCCUGGACCACCCCAAUGUGCUGAAGUUCAUUGGUGUGCUGUACAAGGACAAGAAGCUGAAUCUCCUCACCGAGUACAUUGAAGGGGGCACGCUGAAGGACUUCCUCCGCAAUGCAGACCCAUUCCCCUGGCAGCAGAAGGUCAGCUUUGCCAAAGGGAUUGCCUCUGGAAUGGCUUACUUGCAUUCCAUGUGCAUCAUUCACAGAGACCUGAAUUCACACAAUUGCCUGAUCAAGCUGGACAAGACAGUGGUGGUGGCUGACUUCGGUCUGUCUCGGCUGAUUGUGGAGGAGAGGAAGAAGCCCACGCUGGAGAAGCCGUCUGCCAAGAAACGGACGCUGCGCAAGAGUGACAGGAAGAAGCGCUACACGGUGGUUGGGAACCCAUACUGGAUGGCCCCAGAGAUGCUGAAUGGACAGAGCUACGAUGAGAUGGUGGACAUUUUUUCAUUUGGGAUUGUUCUCUGUGAGAUCAUAGGCCAGGUUUAUGCUGACCCAGACUGUCUCCCACGCACACUGGAUUUUGGCCUUAAUGUCAAGCUGUUCUGGGAGAAGUUUGUUCCUGCUGAUUGUCCUCCAGCCUUUUUCCCUCUGGCUGCUAUUUGCUGCAGACUGGAACCAGAGAGCAGGCCCCCUUUUUCCAAGCUGGAAGACUCCUUCGAAGCUCUCUCUCUGUACCUGGGAGAACUUGCCAUCCCCCUUCCAUCUGAGCUGGAGGAGCUGGACCACAAUGUGAGUGUGCAGUAUGGACUGAACCGUGACAAGCUACCUGAAAACACAACCUAGAAUGCUCGUCCUGCUGCCUGCAUCACUUCCAUUGGAGCUGGGAUGAGCGUCAGGGAGAGGGAUGCACUUCAGCCACUUCCAGGGCAUUAACGGGGCACCACACUGUGCAUCUGCUGCACUGCCUCUCUCCCCACCCAGCUUCCCUCCUCUUGGAUAUCCUGAUUCACUGUGGAUUUCUGGCAUGUUUGAGAAGCAAAAAGGACCAUCUCCUGCCAGCUGCACCUAGGAAAGCCUCUGAACACUGUAUUUCUGGCUUGAGAAAUACUUCUCUGGCCUAUUCAGGCUUCUUUACUGUGGUGCCUUAGAACUUGGCUGCAAGCUGUGAAGCCACCCUGGCCUGUCUGCCAGGGAGGGAGUUGCUAUAGGAGACUCUCCUAGGUAAGGACAAGCACUUCUGGAACAGCUUCUCCCACUGACUGCCCUGCCCAGAAAGCUGGGGAAAUCGGACAUCCAGCAACAUGUCCCACCACGACAGCCCAUGUAUGUAUUUGCAUGUGUUUCCCAGAACAGCCCACUGAGAUUUUGGCCUCUGACAUGCAUCAGAGGAAGGAGUAAAAAGCCCCAGGAGUUGGGCAGCUCUCCUGAAAUACCUUGUCUAUGGGGAAGCACAUACGAAUUGUUGUUUUGGUUUUGUGGGCUUUUAUUCCUUCUCUGUCUCUGAAUACCUCCAAAAGCCUGCCUAGAAACACUAAGACUGAGCUCUGCUUGCCCCUCCUGAUGGCAAAUGAGGCAGGCAGCAAAUGAGCCACUGGAGCCACUGGAGACCCUGCGCCUGCAGUGAGUUUGCCUGCCCAAAACCUUAACCUGGGUGAAAGUAUUUGAACCUGAAUGUGUAGUUCUGCACUAGGCACGGGGUGUGGACAUUCCUGAGUGCUUGAGCUCUUGGCCUGUGAAUGUGAGGUGAUAGAAAUGGCAGCAGAAGGUGCUUGUCAGAAAGCCAAAGGUUUGAAGUGGCUCAGACCUUGGGCAUGGACAAUGGCAAAAGGGGACUUGCCCAAGGUCAAUUAAAGGAUGGACUUGUCAUGAAUGGAAAAGUGAUGGAGAAAUGUCCCAUCCUCCCUGGAGUGGCAGCUGGAGAACUAAUAAUUCAGUUGCCACUACCUCAUCCUUUCCUGCAGAUUGUGCAAGUUGCUCCCUUUGAAGGUCCUUCUUGCAGCUGCUGCUGCAGCACCUGAGCUGAUUCUCCAAACAGAAUUUUUCCUCAGGGUCAUUCCAUGCUCUGGGGGUGAAAAAAAAGGUCUUGGAGUCACUGGGAGGUGGGUAGACAUAUAUUUUCUUCCACUGCUUCUCUUCUUCCUCCCUUGGUGGAGGGGGAAGGAAGAAAGCUACUGCUGCAGUAGCUCAUGUGGUUGGCAGAACUGAACAAAAAUCUGAAUCAAGUUCUGCUCGUCACACAAACAUCAUGGUUUAACUGGAUUCUUAGUGUGCUCCUUUUUCCCUCCUCCUCCCUUCAGCAUGGAGGUGGGGAAUGGGUGUUAGUCUUUGCUGAUUAUUUGGUUUCCUCCCCCAACCCAUGAGUUUAAAGUAUUAUGUAAAGUAACAUGGGACCAGCCAUCACCUGAUAUCAGGUAUGCAAGGGGGGUGUUUUUAGUCUGUGUAGUGGUGUUUUAGAAACACUGGGGACUCCCUGUGCUGUGAGUCAGGCAGGUGCCUCUCUAAACUGGGUCCAGUGGAUCCAGGAUUGUUAAUAGGAUUUGCCCUUUCAUUCCCCUUCCCAGGCUGGUUUGUGAGGGGACCCCUGAAGGGAGAGUCCUGGGUGAUGUGUGGGUGGGGUUUAUGAACUGUGAUUUGCACAGCUCCAUGUUCUAACUAAAUUAAAAAGCAGUAACUGUA